AUGACGGGGGCUGCUGGGGAACAGGAGAAGGAAAAAAUUAAACCCCCGGAAACGCCUCUCCGGCGGUCAGCGCGUAACGAAGUGCCGCCCUCGCCUGGCCGCCGCUGUGUGCCCCACCACCACGACGCCCAGCCGGGACCGUCGUCGUUGAAGGACGCAAAGAAGGAAAGGGCAAUACAUUCCGGGUUCUAUUCGGCCGCCGAACUCAAGUUUUACCUCAUGAAGGACAGUAAGUUACGCCGCCGCAGAUCACGUGGACGUAAGGUCGCCUGGUCAAAACAGCUCGAAUGGUGA